AUGGAUGACCCAAGCCAGCAUUUCCCGCCUGGCUCGCUGCCCGAAGGAGAGCCGGCGCCAGCGCAGGCUGCGGCGGAGGGCAUGGAAGACGCGGAGAACCUUCUCGACGACAUGCUCGAGGCGGCCGAGGCCGCGCGCCACGAGACCGAGCUGACUCUAGCGCCGCAGGCGCCCGACGAGAAUGAGCCGUUUGUGACUAUGGCGGGUGUGACUGCAGGCGAUGUGACGGAAGGAGUGGUGGAAGAAACUGUGACUUAUCACGGUGUGACUGAAGGAGAGGUGCCUGAAGCGGAAGCAGGUGAAGGCGAGGGGUUUGAUCUAAAUAUGGAUGCUGGUGGGGGUGGGGGUGGUGCGGCGGCGGUUAUGAUCACCGAGGGUGCAGCAGCUGAGACCGAACCAGGGACCGGACCAGGAACCGAUCCUGGUUCGGGUUUGGGUGUUGCCGAGCCUGAGAGUCUGCCGGUCGGGACUGAGGAGCAGGCUCGGGAGACUAUUGGCGAAUACCAAGAGGUGGGCGGAGAGGGCGGGGAUGGCCAUAUCAUGCAACAGGCAAUGGCGGGUGCUUAUGAAGAGGGAGGCAUGGCGGAGGGCGAGCAGCCGAGAGCUGACGCGGAAAUGGGUGAAGCAGCGGAAGGAACUCAUCCGGAGGGUGCUUAUAUCGAGCAACCAGUGCAGUACGAAGGUGUGCAGCAGCAGGAGCACGUGGGCGCAGAGCAGGCAGAGACAGCAGAGCAAAUGCAGAUGGCACCUACCCCAGAUGAGUCUGCUGUAGCGCACCAGCAACCAGCUGUAGCUGAGCAGGAGGCAGGUGAGGCCUGGCAGGGCGAGGCUGUAGCACAGGCCGAAGCGGCUGUAGCAGGGUACGAACAUGGUGAAGGGCCUGCUGUAGCUGGGUAUGAUGCGGCUUUCCCUGGCCAGGAGGCGGCUGUUGCUGAAACUGGCGGAGGUGAGACGGCAGAGGGGCAGGUUGUAGCACCGGCUGAAGUGGGCGAAAUGGUUACCGCUGCUGCUGUUGGCGAAGGAGAGGUGGGCACAGGAGCGAACGAGGGUGGCAUGGGUGCAGAGAGCUUCGUGCAAGGCGACGGGGGAAUGGCGACAACAGCAGAAGCGCAAGGGACGGUGGCAGAGGGAGAGGGGGCGGCGGGGUAUUCUCAACGCAUGGAGGCAGUUUCUGAGGGACAGUAUGGGGAGGAGGCAGCAGUGCCUGGGGCGCUCGGGGAAGGCGGAGGGGGAGGGGGCGGGGGAGAGGGCGAGUAUGCUGAUGCGCACAUGGAAGCGGGAGGGGAAGGGGGAGAAGGUGGCGCGCUAGUGCCUGUUGCAGGGCAGGCGGAAGCAGGAGCAGCAGCAGGCGGGGAAGGGGGAGUAGCACCUGGGGGCGAGGGGGCAGCGGCAGCAGCAGCGGAAGCAGCAGCAGCAGAGGCAGCGGCGGAGGUGGCGGCGCACAUAGAGGCGGCAGAGAGGGUGGUGGUGCAGUCGCAGCUGCCGCAGCCCCCACCGUGCCCCGCUGUGGGCAACGUGGCGGUGCUGCCCAUGCUGCUGGACCAGAUCGAAGCUCACAUCCUCUUCUACGGCCGCAUCUUUCGCAAGGAGCCGCUAGAGGAGGAGCUGCGAGCGCUGGUGUUCGCCACCGUGCCGUCUCAACUGGCCUCGCCCGACCACCACCGCUGGCUCGAGAUCGCCGAUGCCUGGCGCCGCCGCAGAGAGGCCGCCCCUGCCGCCCUCCUCCUGGACGGCGGUGGGGCGGCAGCGGGCGGCGGCGGGUAUGUGUCCCCGGAUGGUCGCUGGGGAACGGGGAGCCAUGGGUGUGGGACGAUGAGGGGUGGGACGCCCCCGGGAUUGCCAUCCGCGGGCGCGGCAGGGGCAGGGGGCGUGGCAGGGGGCGGGGGGCGGGGGAGGGGGAGGGGGCGCGGGCGCAGCUGGCACCUGGUGGGGGUGGAGAUCGUCCCCUCGUACGGGUCUGAUGGGGAGGAGAUGGGCGCAGAGGGGGAGGAGCGGGCGGGGGGCGCAGGGGGAGGCGCAGGGGGAGGGGGAGCAUCUAUGGGCACGCGGCCAGUGGUGGCAUGGGCGGAGGUGUGGCCGGGGAAGCUGGAGGAGCUGGUGGAUAGGAAGGACCAUGCGGGGGUGGCUGCCGCCCAGGUCAUGACGGCCGCUGUGGUGGCCCGGGCGGCGUCGGCAGCGGUGCGGGCGGCAGCAGAGGCGGUGGCGGUGUUCAAAGAGAGGGCGGUGGCUGCUGCCUGGGCGGAGAAGAAGGGGGGUGCGGGGGCGAACGGGGCGCUUGGGGGAUAUGGGGGGCAUGGGGGGUAUGGCGUGCAUGGCGGAAAUGGGGGGUAUGGAGGGUAUGGUGCAGGUGCGACGUGGCAGGAGGCCACUGGCGCAGGGUCCCCGUUUGCGGAGUCCCCCUGGGCGCCUGAGCCUCCUCUCCCCCUGACGUCCGUGGCUAGUGUGGCGCGGGGCAGGGGGAGGGGCAGGGGGAGGGGACGGGGGAGGGGGAGGGGCCGGGGGAGGGGCAGCAGGGGCGGGGGGCGUGGCAGGAGCUACUACUACGGCGCGUAUGAUAUGGAGGAAGAGGAGGAGGAGCCGGAGGAGGACGACGAGGGGGACGAGUUUGUGGCGUAUGGAGGGGUGGAGGAAGUGGGCGGGGGGGGAGAGGAGGAGGAAGAGGAGGAGGUAGUGGUGGUGGAGGAUGAAGAGGAGGGGGAGGAAGAGGAGGAGGAGGAGAAGAGGGUGUGGGGGUUGAAGCUGCCACACAGGUUCCAUGUGGGCACUCCUGUGGAGGUAAGCAGCAGUCAUUGGGAGGGAGGGGCCUUGUAUGGCGAUUUCAGGGCAAUGCACGCUGGGGUGAGUGGCGGUUCCUGCAAGAGAUUCCGUAGCGGACUGAAGCAUUGCACGCCCGUGCCACAUGGUGCUGUGUGCACCGCCUUCCCACUCCCCCGCGACUCUGGUUCGCUGUUCUCUCCCCCGCGACUCUGGUUCGCUGUUCUCUCCCCUGCGACUCUGGUUCGCUGUUCUCUCAUCCGCCUGCCUGCACACGCAUCCAUGACCUUCUCUCCUUCUCUCUUUGCCUCCUUGUCUCUGUGCCUCCUUGUCUCCCCGCCGCCGCUCUGUGGCUUCGAACGAGGAGGGGUUGAGGGGCAGCUGGUUCACGGGCACGGUGCUGCAGCUCGAUGCACGGCGGGCGCUCGUCCGAUACGACCAGCUGCUGGACGACGCGGGUGGUGGGAGGGGGUGAUAACAGCGCUGCCAGACGAUCCAGCAGCCAGCAUGGCCACUGUCGAGUUCCCAGGCUAUGGGGAGAUGGCACAGAAGCAGCUGACGUGGCAGCAGCUGCGGCCAUCGAUGGUGUUUGAUGUGCGCGGAAGGGGGUGGGUGAUGGUGCGCGCCCAGGCCGUGGGGGAGGGGGCGCAGGAGGUGGAGGAGGAGGAGGAGGAUGAUGAGGUGGAGGAGGUGGUUCCGGCUCCCAUGGGGCAUGUCAGGGUGAGUGGGUGA